CACCAUUAUAGUUCACAUUGGAUCUCUUUUUUUUCCCUCUCAAACAUGAUUCUUUUUCUAGCUAAAACCCUUAUAUUGCUCUUGCACCUAUCCAUCAUCACUGUCAGCUUUGCUCAAGUCCCGGCUCAGCCACCCAAUAUUCACGAACCGGUUCAUCACAACAACCACAAUCCCCCGGCUCAGCCACCCAAGAUCCACAAUCCCCCGGCUCAGCCGCCCAAGAUUCACGAACCGGUUCAUCACCACAACCACAACAACACCAAAAAGAACCAUCCCCCGGCUCAGCCUCCCAAGAUUCACGAACCGAUUCAUCACCACAACCACAACAACACCAAAAAGAGCCAUCCCCCAAUUACUCAACAUCCGCCGGCUCAAGCUCCAACCAAGUCGAACCCAUUUCCCAGAAGCCUCGUGGCAGUUCAAGGUGUAGUUUACUGCAAGUCUUGCAAGUAUGUUGGCGGGGACACCCUUUUGGGUGCCACCCCACUUCUAGGUGCGAAAGUGAAGCUUGAAUGUAACAACACAAAGAAGACAUAUUUGAUAGAGGCAGAGACAGACAAAAAUGGUUACUUUUUGAUCAAUGGCCCAAAGAGUCUUACAACCUACGGAUCCCACAAAUGUAAGGUGUCUCUCAUCUCCUCUCCCAUUGCCACGUGUAACAAGACUACGGACUUCCACGCUGGACAAGUAGGGGCCUUGCUCAUACCAAAGAUGCCACGUGUCACACUGCCACGUACAAUGCCAGUUGAGCUCUUUACAGUUGGACCCUUCGCCUUUGAGCCUUCUACAAAGUGCAUCUGAUCAUAUAUAAUUAAUUGUUAAGUACUCUAUGUCCCCUAAUUUUAAUUCAUCUUAAUUUACUUACAUUGUAAGACCUAUUAGAGAUGAGAGUAUUCGGUGCUGACGUGUGGGUCUCAAAGAAAGAGGAUAAAUAAAUAUUGGGAGAUUAUU